AACACUGUUCAAAUGAGUUUUUGUUACUGAAGCUAGCUACUUUGGAAAGACUUCGAUGACGACCGGCAAAGUUGUCAAAAUCUGUGAGGAUAUGGAGAGACGUGGGCUAAACCCCCUCGACCACCUUCCAGCACCCGCUAGUUCCAACAAGCCCUUUACCCCCUUCAGCAUCUCAGACAUCCUCAGCAAACCGUCUGUCAAACGAACUCGAAGAAUUCACCUGCUUCCAGCCUCCGAGACACCCCGGCAUGGUACCAUUAUAUCAAAGCAGACUCGUUUCACUCAAACAUCGCCUCUGUGUGCUCUUCAGGAACUGGCAAGCAAAACCUUCAAAGGUCUCGAAAUAGGUGUACUUCAAGCAGCAGAGGGAAGGGAAGGAUUGACUCUGUUUGGUCAAAAGAACAGUCCUAAAAAGCGCCGCAAAUCUAGGACGGCCUUCAGUAACCACCAGCUAUAUGAACUAGAGAAAAGGUUUCUCCAUCAGAAAUACUUGUCACCCGCAGACAGAGACCAAAUAGCCCAUCAAUUGGCGCUGACAAAUGCGCAGGUCAUAACCUGGUUCCAGAAUCGACGGGCAAAAUUGAAGCGAGACUUGGAGGAGAUGAAAGCGGACGUGGAGGCGGUCAGAAGUAUCGUGCCUCUGGAUAAAAUUGAAGAACUGGACGAUCUGGAGCGGUGUGCAACUGGAACCACGGGGCACUCGGGGCUCGAGUCCUCACCACGGAUAGGUCACGAGUCCAAGAAUGCGCACAAAUUAUGUCUGUCCCCCAUGUCGUCUCUCUCAGACCACACAAGUCAAGACUAUUCCGAGGACGAAGACGUGGAUGUUGAUGUCUGA